UUUCUAUGUAUCAGCUGAAGCUAUAUUUAUGCUUGAUAUAAGAAAUAAGAGGAUAUUAAACAUGAAUAUUUAAGUAUUAAUAAUUUAAAGCCACAAGUCAGAUAAACUCUUAGAAUUCUUAAAUUAAGUUAACUUCAUAAUGAUGUUUUUUUUAGAAUCAACACAGCCACUAUUGAAAUGA